AGACUGACUGGAGCGGGGAGAGAGAAGAAGAGGGGAGCGAGAGAAUGCCUGGAGAAAGCGUGGUGCUUCCUUGUCUGCUUCCAGAGCCUCAGUGAGACACCAUGGGCUGCAUCGGCUCCAGGACCAUCACAGCGGAGGCAGUUCCUGUACGGAAGGAUGGGGAGCAGCAUGGCCAUGCAGACUCUUCCUGGGAAGGAAUCAAUCUCUCUAUGGAAGACACCACCUCCAUCCUCCCUCAUCUGAAGCGGAACUCUAAUGCCUACGGGAUCGGUGCUCUGGCUAAGUCCUCUCUGACAGGUGUGAGUCGCUCCAUGAAGGACAAGGUGACCAAGCCCACUGCCAUGGCUCAGGGCCGAGUGGCCCACAUGAUCGAGUGGCAGAGCUGGGGCAUACCAUCUGCUGGGCCAGAGGGGUGUUCGGGACGUACCAAGCUGCAGCGAGAGAAGCAGAGGCGGCUGGAAAACGACGCCUACAGCGAAAUGAGUGACGGAGAGAAGGAGGCCCGCUUUGCAGCAGGUAUCAUGCAGCAGUUUGCCAUCUCGCAGGCUACUCUGUUUGGCUGGAACAUGGAGGGGGAGAGCCUGUGUGCUGGCUCCAAUCAGGGCAGCGUGGCCCACCUCAGUGAGGUCAACCAGGAGAGCAUCACCAGCCGAGACCAGGUGCUGCACCCGUCCUCUGCGGACGUCUGGCCGCGUACCUACGUCUCCCAGGGCCUCUACUGCCUGUCCUCCUCAGAUGCCUGGGAGCCCAUAAGCAAUGAGCCGUCGGGCGUGGCCUCCCCAGCGGCCGGCUCCUACAUCGUGGCGGGCGGCGGGGUGGUGGGUACGCCUGGGGGGGAGGGGUACGAGGGUGGGGUGGGGGGCUACACGCAGCAGAGCCAGCCGAUAAGCCUGCAGCAGCAGAACCAGCUCCAGCAGCUCCAGCAGCUCCAGCACUUCCAGCACCAGCAGCUGCUGCAGUACCAACAACAGCAACAGUCAAUGGAGCACCGGCUACACAGUGCCUCCCACUCUCUCCAAGCCACACCCAACAGCACCAUCCACAGUCUUGGUCUGCCCACCCACCCUCGCCUGGCUGACCUAUGGGGUUCAGCACAGGUGGAGGCUCACCAGGUUGAGAUCGUCGGACAGAUGAACUGUCAGCCAAUGGCUGACCUGGUUGGGGGUGUGGUCGGUAUGUUGGAGGCGGAUGUGGAGAGAGAGUGCAUUCCAGAGCAGCAGGAAGAGGAGGAAGCCAAGGAAGAAGGGGUUACAUUAACCUUAGAGGCGGAGCCUGCCACUCUAACUCCCUCUUAUCUGCGAGAGAAUGCCAUGCCAAUCGGAAGAUUCAGCCCGGGAUUGGUCCCCACAGAACCAAUCAUGGGUCGUCUCCCCUUUGACGUCACGCCCUGUGUCAUCCAAUCGCUAGAGGAAAAGGAUGAAGAGGCAGAGGAGGGUUCCAUUGUUGUUGUGGCAACCAAUUGAAGGUUACCAAUCGGGGUGUGGUCAGAUAAAGACCAAAGGCUGGAAAAUACUUCUCAAUUAAUCAACCAAUCAAAAUAGUCACCACCCCCUCCCAGGUAUGUACCCAAUCAGAGACUGAGAAGAAUCUUUUUCAGCUGAAGAUAAAACCAACAUUGGGGCCGAGUUGUGAGAACAACUGAACUUUUGGACUUAAAAACACUAGCGAGGCCCUGCGCAUUGGUGUUUCCUAUGAUACAGAACUUUGAGAAGGUAAUUACUGGAUGGAGGGCUGGAGUAAUGAAGUGAACAAUGGAUGAAGCAGAAAGGUAAAAAGAGAGAAAAAGGACACGGGGAAAACUCCAGAGACAACUGAAAGUGCAUGCUUUUAAAAGUGAUUUAGCCAUAUCAGUAUACAAAGUAAUAAUAUAUAUAUAUAAAUGCUUUUUUAAUAAA